UUCAAAAAACCUUGAAAGUGGGCCUCUUAUUCAUUACAGUGUCAUUGUCUACUUUCACUUUUCAUUUUAGCUGAUAUAAAGAGACAAACAAGUGGGAAGAGAAAGAGCAAGCAGUCAGAGGCAACUGAGAACUUCGCUUGGACCUGUGGUGCUUUGGAGAAGGGACAAAUAUCAGGAUUCUUGAGCUUCUCACGGUGGCUGGAAGCAGAAAGCAGGGAGGAGACAAGGAGGAGACAAGUCAUCCAAAGCUUGGAACGUUGCCAUGGAAUCUGAGCCUAACAUGCUGGCCCCCGUGUGUCUGAUAGAAAAUGUGAAUGAGGAGCUGUCAGUGAACCAGGAAGCUCGACAGAUUCUUGACCAGAUUUCUAACCCAGUGGUGGUGGUGGCCAUCCUGGGCCUGUACCGCACUGGAAAAUCCUACCUGAUGAACCGCCUGGCAGGACAGAACAGCGGUUUCCCUCUGGGCUCCACCGUGCAAUCUAAAACCAAGGGCAUCUGGAUGUGGUGUGUGCCCCACCCCACCAAGCCGGACUGCACCCUGGUCCUUCUGGACACCGAGGGCUUGGGAGACGUGGAGAAGGGUGACCCUAAGAAUGACUCCUGGAUCUUUGCCCUGGCAGUGCUUCUGAGCAGCACAGUUAUCUACAACAGCAUGGGCACCAUCGACCAGCAGGCCCUGGAGCAGCUGCAUUAUGUGACAGAGCUCACAAAACACAUCAGGUCAAAGUCUUCCUCAAAUUCUGAUGGAGUACAAGAUUCGAUAGAGUUUGUGAGUUUCUUCCCCAGCUUCUGCUGGAUUGUACGAGAUUUCAUGCUGGAGCUGAAGUUGCAGGGUCAGCCCAUUACAGCAGAUCAGUACCUGGAGAAUGCCUUGAAGCUGAUUCCAGAUGAGAAUCCCAAAUCAGAAGUAGUCAAUCUUCCCAGGGAGUGCAUCAGGAAUUUCUUCCCAGAGCGCAACUGCUUUGUCCUUGAUCGGCCAACAGAUGACAAACAUCGCCUACUCCAUAUUGAGAACAUCUCAGAAGAUGAACUGGAUCCUGAUUUUGAAGAGCAAACAUGUAGUUUCUGUUCUUAUAUCUUCACUAAUGCAAAGAUCAAGACCCUCAAAGAAGGAAUUGUGAUCACUGGAAAUCGGCUGGGGUCUCUGGUGGAGACCUACGUGAAGGCCAUCAACAGUGGGGCGGUGCCCUGUGUGGAGAAUGCGUUGACCACGCUGGCCCAGUUUGAGAAUGCAGCGGCCGUGCAGAAGGCAGCUGCCCACUACAGCGAGCAGAUGGCCCAGCGAGUGCGGCUCCCCACAGACACGCUCCAGGAGCUGCUGGACGUACACGCGGCCUGCGAGAAGGAGGCCAUCGAGGUCUUCAUGGAGUGCUCCUUCAAGGAUGAAAAUCAGGAAUUCCAGAAGCAGCUGGUGAAAAUAAUUUUGGAUGAAAAGAAGGAUUUCUUGUCAAAGAAUGAAGAGGAAUCUGAUCAAUACUGCCAGAAAGAACUGAGUCAACUUUCAAAACCAUUAAUGGAAAGCACUUUAGCAGGAACAUUCUGGGUUCCUGGAGGGCACCAACUAUACAUGGAUACACGAAAACAGAUUGAAGAGGACUAUAGGAAGGUGCCUAGGAAAGGAGUCAAGGCAGGAGAGGUCUUCCAAAAGUUUUUGCAGUCCCAGGCAACAAUAGAAGAAUCCAUCCUGCAGUCAGAUAAAGCUCUUACUGAUGGCGAAAAGGCCAUAGCAGCUGAGAUGGCCAAGGAAGAGGCAGCUGAGAGGAAACAAGAAAUUUUAAACCAGGAAAAACAGGAGGAAGAGCAGAAGAAGGCAGCUCAAGAGAGGUCUCUGAAGGAAAAUGUGGUACAGUUGGCAAAGAAGCUGAAGGUGGAGAAAGAGAACAUCCUGGGAGAUCAGAAAAAAAUUUUGCACCAAAGACUGCAGUUGCAAAGAGAUUUUCAUGAAGAAGGACUCAUGGGGAAAUCAGAGGCAAUGCAUGAGGAGAUAAAUAACUUGAAGAAAAUGAUUGAAACUAUGGAAAAGGAUGAUGAUCUGUUUGAGCAAUCCUUGACUGAUCUUGGAAAUGCAAUAGUUUCACUAGUGUGUGCUCCUGCUGUGUUAGUUGCAGUAACUGUAAAAAGAGUCUGUUCAUUGUUUACAUAAAUUAGGAGUAAUUUUAAGGAAAUGAAAGAUUUUGAGUGUAUACUCUGGUUUAUUUUUGGUGCACAUGAUGUUUAUUUGCAUUUAGCAAGUUUUAAACAAACUGUUCUAAUAGGAAGCUGUUAGUGUCUGGCCCACAUUGAAUAGAACAAAUGCAUGCACCUAUUGAAAGACAUUGUAAUCUUUUGCAAACCAAGUGCUUUCAAUAAUACACACACACACACACACACACACACACACACACAUGAGGUCCAUUGGCUUUUUCUUUCAGUGGGAAAAAUUGAAGCUUGAACAUAAUAUAAGAUUCAAAAUGUAAAUUUCAGUAAGGUACAUAUUGGAAUGCAGGUUAUAAAAACACAAGGGAAGUCUAUUAAGCCAAAUAUAAAAUUGUGUUGGUAUACUGCAAAAAUAAAAUAAAAAAUAACACACACACACACACACACACACACACAU